GCCAUUGUUGUUAAUAUAGUUUUCUUCGUGGGUUUACCUUUUGCCUUGCCUCUUUGCUUCGCUGUCGUUUCGCCGGCCAACAGGCAAAAAGAAACAAUUGUAUCCGUUUUUUCGGUAUCGUCUCAUUGCAAAUUCCAUUCCUUUCUGUCACUCACUCUGCUCCCUUUUGAUUGAUUUUAUCAUAUUUUCAAGAUGAACGACCUUCUUACUGAUUCGUUUGCUGAUGAAGGUAAUCAUGGUCAGCCUUCUAGACAAGGUGAUAUUGAAAUGGGAAUGCAGGUUCAGAGAAGCAACUCUGAUCUGGGAAUGGAAGCUUUUAAUAAGCAGAUCCAUGAGGUCGACAAACAAAUCGAUAAGCUCUCUGGGCUACUUCAAAAGCUAAAGGAAGCUAAUGAAGAAUCAAAAGCCGUUACAAAAGCAUCUGCUAUGAAAGCUAUCAAGAAGAGAAUGGAGAAGGAUAUUGAUGAAGUUGGAAAGAUUGCACAUGGUGUCAAAACAAAAAUAGAAGCUAUAAACAGAGAUAACUUAAACAACAGAAAAAAGCCAGGUUGUGAGAAGGGAACGGGUAUUGAUAGAGCGAGGAUGAAUAUGACAAAUGCCUUAACUAAAAGGUUCAAGGAUCUAAUGACAGAGUUUCAGACUCUUAGACAAAGAAUACAAGAUGAAUAUCGUGAGGUUGUUGAGAGAAGAGUUAUUACAGUCACUGGAACUAGGCCAGAUGAUGAGACAAUUGAUCACCUGAUUGAAACUGGAAAUAGUGAACAAAUCUUCCAGAAGGCAAUUUUAGAAGCAGGACGAGGACAGGUUGUAAGCACAGUAGAAGAAAUUCAGGAGAGACAUGAUGCUGUGAAAGAAAUUGAGAAAAAGCUUCUUGAUUUGCACCAGAUUUAUCUCGACAUGGCAGUCUUGGUUGAUGCUCAGGGAGAGAUUUUAGACAACAUCGAAAGCCAGGUCAACAACGCAGUCGAUCAUGUCCAGAGGGGGACAACGGCACUUCAAGGUGCUAAGAAACUCCAGAAGAACACUCGAAAAUGGACGUGCAUCGCCAUCCUUAUACUAUUGAUAGUAGUAGCUAUAAUAGUUGUCGGCGUUCUUCAUCCUUGGAAGAGUAGCUAGGGCAAUUGAUCAUGGCCCUUUUAUCCCUUGUCAAUAUACUUUCGUUCCUUGAGUUGCUUUCAGUAAAGCAUUUGUACGAGUGAAGCGGGACGACUUGUUAGCACAGGAUUCUUGAGUCUUAUUUUUCUUUUUCUUUUUUUUGAAUAUGAUGCUUGAUAUGUCUGGUGUGUUGAUUUCUGACCUUAUUAUAUACAUUGGUGUGUCUCAAUAUGAAAUUCACAUUCUUUAAUAUACCUUCAAAAGUAUAUUUCCAUGUUCCAUUCUAA